AUUAAAUAUUUGGAGUUGAGGCUUACUUGGGGAUAUCAUCAAUUACUUAAAAUUCCAUAGUGAAUCACUCAUCCACACAUUGAAUUCAGUAGAUUGGAAUACACACGUUGACUCCAUCUAUUUUUCUUAUUUUAUGCCGGAAUUCUACGAUGAACUCUGUCAAUGGUCUUCCUCUGACACCAAUGAGCGUUUUCUUGGUAUUAAUCCACGUAGGAACCAUCUACCAUUGUAACAUUCCAUUGCUGCUUCCUGUGACACCCCACUUUCACAUCAACAUGUUGAGUUCCUUUCAUUUUAAGUGAUGAUCAUCCUCUUCCUCUGCAUAAGCGCUUACUCUCGCUGAAGAAACUAAUCUUCCUUAACUUUGUACUAGUAGUGGGAAAGGCUAAAAAUUUAGCUGAUCACAAUGUUAUUUAUUUGGUUCUGCUUAUUCUCCUACAUGACCUCAACUUCCACUUCACUAGACAGUUUAGCAGUGAGUCAAUCCAUUCGAGACGGCGAGACUUUGGUUUCAGCAGGUGGAAUUACUGAACUUGGUUUCUUCAUCCCUGGAAAUUCAGCAAGACGAUACUUGGGUAUAUGGUUCAGAAAUGUAUCCCCUUUCACAGUGGUGUGGGUGGCUAACCGAAAUACACCUCUUGACAAUAAAUCAGGAGUUCUCAAACUCAAUGAAAAUGGGAUUCUUGUGCUUCUCAAUGCUACAAACAGCACCAUUUGGUCAUCAUCCAACAUAUCAAGCAAAACAGAGAAUGAUCCAAUUGCUCGUCUCUUGGAUUCGGGAAAUUUUGUAGUGAAAAAUGGGGAGCAAACUAACGAGAACGGUGUAUUGUGGCAGAGUUUUGAUCAUCCGUGUGAUAUAUCCAUGCCAGAAAUGAAAAUUGGAUGGAACUUAGAGACUGGUGUAGAAAGAUAUGUAUCAUCUUGGACAAGCGACGAUGAUCCUGCUGAGGGAGAAUAUGCUUUGAAAAUGGAUCUUAGAGGCUAUCCUCAACUAAUUGUGUUUAAGGGACCUGAUAUAAAAUCUAGAGCAGGGCCAUUUAAUGGCUUCUCUCUAGUUGCAAAUCCGGUUCCAAGUCAUGAUACAUUACCAAAAUUUGUGUUCAAUGAAAAAGAGGUGUAUUAUGAGUUUGAGCUUCUCGAUAAAUCAGCCUUCUUUCUGUAUAAACUGAGUCCUUCAGGCACAGGGCAGAGUUUGUUUUGGACAAGUCAACUGAGAACCCGGCAAGUGGCCUCAAUUGGCGACCAAGAUCAAUGCGAGACUUAUGCAUUUUGUGGUGCAAAUUCUUUAUGCAAUUAUGAUGGUAACCAUCCAACUUGUGAAUGCCUGAGAGGUUAUGUUCCUAAGUCUCCUGAUCAGUGGAAUAUAUCAAUUUGGGUCAAUGGCUGUGUUCCAAUGAAUAAAUCUAAUUGCGAAAACAGUGAUACAGAUGGCUUCUUCAAGUACACACACAUGAAAUUGCCAGAUACUUCUUCGUCAUGGUUUAAUGCAACCAUGAACCUUGAUGAAUGUCGCAAGUCAUGUCUUAAAAACUGUUCUUGUACAGCAUAUGCAAAUUUAGAUGUUCGUGAUGGAGGAAGCGGAUGUCUUCUUUGGCUUAAUAAUCUAGUUGACUUGAGGAGCUUCUCUGAAUGGGGACAAGACUUUUAUAUCAGAGUGUCUGCUUCAGAAUUAGAUCAUGCUGGCCAUGGAAAUGUCAAGAGAAAGAUAGUAGGAAUCACUGUUGGUGUGACUAUUUUCGGAUUAAUCAUCUCAUGUGUAUGCAUAUUUAUAAUUAAAAAUCAAGGGGCUGCAAGAAAAAUUUACAACAAACAUUACCAAAAUAGACUACUGAGGAAGGAAGACAUUGAUUUGCCAACUUUUGAUUUGUCAGUCCUAGCUAAUGCAACUGAAAACUUUUCAACUAGAAACAAGCUUGGAGAAGGUGGAUUUGGACCAGUAUACAAGGGCACACUAAUAGACGGGAAAGAGUUAGCUGUGAAAAGGCUCUCAAAGAAGUCUGAACAAGGGUUGGAUGAGUUCAAAAACGAAGUGGCGUUGAUUUCCAAACUUCAGCACCGUAAUCUUGUAAAGCUUCUUGGUUGCUGCAUUGACGGAGAUGAAAAAAUGUUGAUUUAUGAGUUCAUGCCCAACCACAGCUUGGACUACUUUGUUUUUGAUGAAACCAAAAGGAAGUUCCUAGAUUGGCCAAAGCGUUUCAACAUUAUUAAUGGCAUUGCUCGAGGACUUCUAUAUCUUCAUCAAGACUCUAGGCUGAGGAUUAUUCACAGAGAUCUAAAAACAAGCAAUGUUUUACUAGAUGCAAAUUUGCAUCCCAAAAUAUCAGACUUUGGCUUGGCUCGAUCAUUUAUAGGAGAUCAAGUUGAGGCAAACACAAAUAGGGUGGCUGGAACAUAUGGUUACAUACCUCCCGAGUAUGCUGCACGAGGGCAUUUCUCACUGAAAUCAGAUGUCUUUAGUUAUGGUGUGAUAGUACUAGAGAUUGUAAGUGGGAAGAAAAACCGAGAAUUUUCAGACCCAGAGCACUACAAUAAUCUUCUUGGACAUGCAUGGAGAUUAUGGACUGAAGAGAGGGUGCUGGAACUACUUGAUGAAUUGUUAGGAGAACAAUGUGCGCCCUUUGAAGUAAUACGAUGCAUACAGGUAGGCCUAUUGUGUGUGCAACAAAGACCAGAAGAUAGGCCAGACAUGUCAUCAGUGGUUUUAAUGCUGAAUAGUGAUACAUCAUUGCCAAAGCCAAAGGUUCCAGGCUUUUAUACUGAAAUAGAUGUUACAUCUGAUGCAAAUUCUUCAUCAGCAAACCAAAAACUGCACUCAGUUAAUGAACUUUCCAUCACAAUUUUAGAUGCAAGGUAGAAAAUGCAAGCAAGAAAAUGUUAAGGCGUCACCUUCCAAUGUGAGAUAUAUCAGUUAUUUGAACAUACAUAAUUAGUGAAAUUGCUAUUUGAGCUCCUGUGUUAAGCAGAAAAGCAAAAAAAUUAGAAUCCUUGACAUGAAACAAUUUAGAUCCCUCUCAACUUCUACCACACAUUACAAAAAAGAGAAAAAAGUUAAAAGCUUUAUGUCACAUGCUAUUGAGACUGUGAUUUAUGUACAUGAUUGUCAAAUCUGUAAGAAAAAAGUAUUCAAAAACACACAUUGCAGAAUAAAA